AUGAACUUCCUCGUUCUUCCCAACGUAACGGUGAAUCUACCAACUGCUACGAUGCGCACGGACGGUUGGUCGAUAUCCCCAGGAAUCAAAAUGGCAGAUCCCGCUUUCAUUGAGUCCAGCAGAGUCGACUUGGUACUCGGUAUCGAAUCAUUUUUCGAUUUCUUCGAAACCGGUCAAAGAAUUAACCUAGGCAACCAAUUGCCGACGCUGAACGAAUCGGUUUUCGGAUGGGUGGUGUGUGGAGGUUUAUCCAAUUCUCAUCAGGAUCUGCACAUUACCUGCAACGCUUCCGCAACAGAGAAACUGGAAUCUCUAGUUGCCCGGUUCUGGUCUAGCGAAGAGGUUGGUUCGGUCAAGGUACUCUCACAGGAGGAAAAACGAUGUGAGGACCUAUUCCAAAAUACAGUCCAACGGAAUCCCGAUGGCAGGUACACGGUUACACUACCAAAGGAGGAAGGCGCUAGUCAACGGUUGGGCGAAUCCAAGGACAUUGCGAUCCGGCGUCUUCAAGGUACGGAGCGACGCCUGGCAAGGAAUGCCAACCUGCACAAAAGCUACCACGAUUUUAUGGAGGAAUACGAGUCGAUGGGACACAUGGAGAAGGUCGAAGGGGCGGCCUUAACACCAAAACAGCGGUGCUUUUUACCGCAUCAUCCCGUUUUCAAGGAGGACAGCACUACAACCAAGGUCAGGGUGGUGUUCGAUGCCUCCUGCUCAACAUCGUCCGGCGUAUCGCUCAACGACGUGCUGCUGACUGGACCGGUAAUACAGGAUGAUCUCAGAUCAAUCAUUGUGCGAAGCCGUACCAAGCAAGUUAUGCUCGUUGCUGACGUCGAGAAGAUGUUUCGGCAGAUCUGGGUUAACCCGGAAGAUAGGUCUCUGCACUGUAUCCUGUGGCGUUCAGAUCCUCAGGACAACAUCAGCAUGUAUGAACUCAAGACCAUUACUUACGGUACCAAACCGGCGCCGUAUCUGGCCACAAGAACCCUCAAACAGCUGGCGUUGGAUGAAGAAACGGCAUAUCCCCUCGGAUCACGUGCGACGAGCGAAGACACUUAUAUGGAUGAUGUCAUCACGGGAGCAGAUACGGUAGAAGAAGCCUAUGAGUUGCGAAGACAGCUGAGUGAAAUGACGGAAAGAGGCGGUUUCAGACUUAAGAAGUGGGCAUCCAACAGUCCCAAGGUCUUGGAGGGUCUUCCUGACGACAGUUUAGCGAUUCGAGAGGGGGACGGAAUCAACUUGGACCCGGAUCCGUCCAUCAAAACCCUCGGGCUCAUCUGGAUGCCGAAGAGUGAUAAGCUGAAGUUCAGCUUCUACAUUCCCUCGGUGCGACCAAGUCAGCAGUUCAGUAAAAGAGAGGUACUCUCGGUUAUAGCAACGCUAUUCGACCCUUUAGGAUUGCUCGGGGCAGCAAUCACAACUGCAAAAAUUGUGAUGCAGUUGCUGUGGAAAUAUAGAGACGAAGACGAUCGUGCACUGGACUGGGGCCAGCCCAUACCUUCGACGGUGUACUUUUGGACGGAUUCUACCUGCGUCUUGCGUUGGAUAAAUGCCAUACCGACAACCUGGACCACGUACGUGGCUAACCGAGUGUCAAAAAUCCAGACACUAACAAAACCAGAACAGUGGAGGCACGUUCCAGGAAUAGAAAAUCCGGCCGAUCUGAUUUCGAGAGGCAUCAUGCCGCAGGAGAUAAUGCACAGCAGUUUCUGGUGGCGUGGACCGAGAUGGCUGGAGAAGCAACCCGAACAUUGGCCAGGACCUCCAGAGCUAUUAAUCGGAGCUGAAGCAGAAAAGGAGAAGAGACAUACCGCUGUCGCAUGCAUUAAUUCCUCAGCUGAGGAGUUUAACGAAUGGUACCUUGGACGUUCCUCAUCGUACACUGACCUCGUUAGACGCACAGCCUACUGGUUACGGUACCUGAAAUUGUUGCGUACACCACGAGAACAGCGAAAUCCACCGAAGUUCCUCACAGCAGCUGAGCUGAAAAGUGCAGAAGUCAACCUGGUACGGAGAGUUCAGAAGGAAUUUUUUGUGGAUGAAUGGAGAGCGCUGUCGAAGGGAGAUACUGUAUCGAGAAGGUCACCACUGCGUUGGUACAAACCAUACAUUUCGAGUGAUCAAGUCAUUAGAAUUGGAGGACGACUAGCACAUUCAGAAGAAGCAGAAGAUGCUAAACACCCUAUGGUUCUACCAGCACGUCAUCAGCUUACAAGACUAAUUCUACGGUAUUUUCACGAGAAACUGUUACACGCCGGCCCGCAGUUACUGUUGGCAACUGUUCGAUUGCGGUUUUGGCCGUUGGGAGGGAGAAGCGUGGCGCGGAACAUUGUUCAUCAGUGCUUGAAAUGCUUUCGAUCGAAACCAUCGUCCAUCGAGCAGCUCAUGGGAGCACUGCCAGCACCACGUGUGACCGUGGCCAGACCUUUCUCACAAACCGGAGUUGAUUUUUGCGGGCCAUUCUUCAUUCGACCAGCACCCCGGCGUCCAGUGGUCAAGAUACUCUUCUCGGUCGGUUCAUUGAUCACCACUUGCUCUCGCUGUCUCACGCAUGAUAAACACGACCCAAUCUCGGUUCGAUCGCAACCGAUAAAGGGCAUUCAGAUUCAGAACCCCGUCUGUGGGAAAACAAACAAAACGGACAGCCAGCCGCGAUUGCGCGAAAGAAAGUCAACGGCUUCAACGCCCCCGUCCCGCGCCGGUGGAAAACAAACAAAAGAACGAUCUCCGCUCGUUCGUGCACUGCGCUUUUUGGUACGGGCUGGAUUUUGUGUAUUCGACCGGAGUCGGGUACGGAAAUACGUGUGGCGUCUACAGAGCCCGCAAUUUCGUCCAACGGACAUCGAGAGCUCGAGCCAUCUGCUGCAAAGCCAAUCGGCCGCCAUCGCCACAACCUGGUCGGAGGACAUCGUCGCCAUCUUCUCGGCGGAGUACUUCCAACGCAUGCGUGCAUCGAGAAGCAAAAACCUGCGCAGUGGGUUGAGCGAGUUCAGGUAG